AUGCUUGCUGCAGAGUACCGUAAUCAUUUUAUGACUCGCAUCUUCGGUGGCGCAUACAAUGGCUGCUACGUCCUCGCCGUCACCAUUUUCUCCCUGGGUAUUCUGCGCGACCAUUUCUACCAACUCGCCCUCGAUGACCAGCCCUUCUAUGCCCCCGUGCACCAGCCCAUGAUCGGCGCCGGUUUGUUCGCCGCUGGCUCCAUCCUCGUCCUUUCCAGCAUGUGGGCCCUCGGUGUGACCGGUACCUACCUGGGUGACUACUUCGGCAUCCUGAUGGACGCUCCUGUCACUGGCUUCCCUUUCAAUGUGACCGGCUCGCCCAUGUACUGGGGCAGCACCUUGAACUUCCUGGGCGUUGCUCUGUACAAGGGCAAGGUGGCCGGUAUUCUCUUGACCGCUCAAGUUUUCGUCUUGUACUGGUUUGCGCUUAAGUGGGAGGAGUAA